AAGCAUUUUUUUUCAUAUUUUUCUCUGGAAAGAAAUUCGUAUUUGAAUAGCUUCUCCUUUCUGGACACUAUUCUACCACUCAUAGAAAACAACUGGCCAACAAUUGGUGAAACUAUGGAUAAUCGAGAACUAAAGCUCCUUCUGGAUAGAUAUUUUUCACAAAAAGUGACGUUGCGGCAAGAAGAGAAGCGUAAAGCAUUGGAAGUCUGGGAAGGUGUAGUUAAGAACAUCCUACAAAAAGUAGAAGCAAAAGAUCCUCGUUUUAAGCUGACAGGAGUUUACAGUGGCAGCUAUUACGAAAGAGCCAAGGUGAAAGAGCCCAAUGAGUUUGAUCUAAUGCUUGAAAUGGAAAAACUCAAACUUGGUAGUGGCGAUCAGUACGACAGUCAUGAAGACAAUCUUGGUACAGAUCCACCUCUCGGAUACACAACAGUGAUGAUAGAUCAGGGAGAAGAGAAUGAGUGGAGGCCUGAGGGUUGUAUUCCAGGAAAUGGAAAUCUUCUAAGUGCAACCAAAGUCAAGUCUUUGUUUUGUCGUUAUGUACAUGAAGCCAUUACAGAGCUUGGAUACUCACACUGUAUUGAAGUCAAGUCAAGUGGCCCGGCAGUAACACUCAAGAUUACUGUUGGGUGUAAGAUGUAUAGCAUUGACCUGACGCUGGCCAUCAAAGAUGAAUCCUGGCCUGAUGAUGCCGAUGAAUGGAAAACAAGACAUAGAGGUUGGCCCACAAGAGAUUUAGUAGGUGCAAUAGUUAGAGAUGGCUGUCAUCUUGUUGCUAAGCGACCAAAGCAAGCAUUCACCACUGAAAGUGAGUACUUUUGGAGGUAUUCAUUUUCUGGUGCAGAGAAAAAGCUUGCGCUACAAGGAGAACGAGGGGAGGAGGGCACCUGCCGUAAAAAAAUACUGCGUAUUCUAAAAUUACUGCGGGAACAGUACCAGUUGACCCCUCUCACUUCAUAUCACCUGAAGACUAUCAUGUUUUAUGAGAGAGAAACUUAUCCUAGACUAUCCUUGUGGAAAGAAGAUCAGUUGGCCAUCAGGUUCACCAGUGCUCUUGCAAGAUUACGAAGUUGUCUCCAGCAGAGAAAAUGCCCUCACUACUUUAUCAAAGAUGUCAAUCUUUUUGAUUCAAGGUUUGAUAAUCGUUACAAGGAUUUGAUAACUUGGAUAGAUAAAUUCCAAAGUAAUCCUCAGAACUAUUUAAAGUAGACAGCAACUAGCAUGUCUUAGAAAAGCAAAAGUCGUCAGCUUGAAAUCAGAGACACAAUCCAAUACCAUAAUUUCAUAGUAUUAAAAAAAAUCAUUUUGUCUAAAGCUGCAUGAAAUACAACUAGUAUGUCUUAGAAAAGCAAAAGUCGUCAGCUUGAAAUCAGGGACACAAUGG